AAGACUAGAUGAGCCAUAUAAUAGCCCUAAUAAAACGGCGCAAGGUGCGCAUCUUCCACUUCUUGUUGUGUACUUUAGUGGCUGUAUCCACUUGGAUGACUCCGCCUUGUAUGUACGUGUAGUAUAUGUGACUCGGUGUUUAGAUAUUAACCAUAUGGGUAAUAAUAUUGAAAUGAAAAAUUAGUAUACAAUCCUAGCCUCCUGUGGAAUGAUGAUUAGCCCCGUGUGUCGAGUCGAGCAACUAGUUUUAUCAUCGAAGCACUCGACGUUGAGGUGAUCGAAGAAUCGAUACCUAAGUCGAUGAUUUUGUGCGAAAUCGCGAUCGCGACGAGAAAUGAACGAUUACGGUUAUGAUCCACUUGGUAAUAAUUCGUGUAGAGGUGAUUUGAUCGGUAAUUACGGUGUAAAAUACGCGAACGAUGAUCGAGAUCGAAGUAUUUCCGGUGGUGGCGAUGGUAGUGGUGGUGUCGCGAAACGAUUGAAAUUUGGUAUUGAUAUGAUUUUGUCGAAAGAAGAUACCGAUAGGAAGAAGCAUACGAAUGCGGUUGAAUCGAAUACGAGAUAUUUUCACGGCACGUUGCAUUGUUGUCAGAUGAACCAUUUUUCAUAUUCGCAGUUUUAUCCACCUUUGUACAUAUCGGCGAAUGGUGUUUUACCUGUGGUUAGAAAAUAUGCCAAUUUUGUUAUCGAAGACCAUGCCAGCUCCGAUGGGGCCACCAGCAAACGAAAACGAAUUUGGUCUCGAGCGGUAUUCUCCAAAUUACAACGUAAAGGAUUAGAAAAACGAUUUCAGAUCCAAAAAUACAUUAUGAAACCGGAUCGAAAACAAUUAGCAGCGACUUUAGGACUUACAGAUGCUCAAGUCAAAGUAUGGUUUCAAAAUAGACGAAUGAAAUGGCGCAAUAGUCGAGAAAAUAACGAUAAAAAAGAGGGCGAAGAUAAAGCUGCGAAUAAAUCGACGUAAUUGUUGACGUCUUAUUGGUGCUAUUAAUUUAUAAGAAAUAUUGUAAAAUGUGUAUAAUAAUAAUUUUUUUACAGAAAAAUAUAAUCGUUGUACGUUUC